CUGUAGUACCGAUAUACCAAGAAUGGAGCUCUGAUGUAUCACAGCUGUAGUGGUGUAUUAACUCAAUAAUGAUGUAUCGAUGGUACUGGGGGUCUAUUUCUCACCAAAUUGUGCCUAUUUCUAUAGGAUCUACAACAUGCGUAAUCUUUUGACCCAAUGUUUUCAUGAUGGUUGGAAAUUUCUGGUGGUUUUCGUCCAUGUCUGGGGCAUGUCUCAGUAUAAGUAUCAUGGGCCUUGGUCGCGAAAUGAUGAGCAGCGUCAUAGGCUUUCAACGAGCCGUUUUUCUGCAAGGCCGAGAUUUGAGGAUGUUUUGGCAAUUGUAUUCGUUAAUUUGGCUGCAGGUGUUUUUCCUAGAAAAUAGCAAAGCGCCCAGAAAGCGUGCAGUGUUGCUUGUGGCCUGUCUUGGAACAAGCCCAAAAUGGCCCGGCAACAUUAGUAUCAUGAAUCAGAUCCGUACUCACCAGUUGGCUUCCCACUGCUUCUCAGAAGAGGAAAAUGGACUGCCAGCUGUAGAGAAGCUGCUCCCACGGAAUGGCCCGAUCAGCUCUACUAUAUGGGAACGUCCCGAUACAGCCCCGUCCGGUGACACCCAAAACAUGAUUAUCAAGUUGCAAUUGUCUAUAUACAUUCAGCGCAUAUGCUGUGUCUAAAGGGUGAUGUCUGGUUUGCAACACGCAUUGAUAGACGUGCCCAGGCCUCGCAUACAUGCCUCGAUUACCACGCUUGACUUAUACGAAGGCUGUCUUUCCCCAGUGAUACG